CGAACCUUAGUAAUCAGGCCAAUACAAUCGAAUUAUGAAUCUAUAACUGCAAUCGGAAACAGAAAAUUGUAAUAAAAUUCCAACUCCAAUAGUUGUAUAAAUAUCGAAAAAUAGGCAUAAGCUAAUAUCCCCCAUAUCUACGUACUAAUAAAACAGGACUUGACCCAGUGACACCAACAACCAGGCAGAUCGACUGUGGGGUGACUAAACUAUACGCACACCCAAGACUUACUCUCGAGGUGCUCAUUAUGCAAACAUCGUGAAAGCGCCGCGCAGCAGAACAUUUCUUUCUCUGCCGAGCGCGCGGGCCCAUAACGGCCAUAACCGGCGAGUGCCUCUUCCACACGCGGCCGUUGCAUAAAAUUCGACGGACGCCGCGCGGGGCCCGUUGCCUCGCCACUUGUAGUCGACUCGCCGAGGCGAGAGCCAGUCGUGUACGAGUUCGCGCGCUGCUCCCGGGACCCAGACUGGAUCCGAGAACAGUAACUGAAACCACUGGACAACAUUCGAUAAAAUGUGGCGGGUAUCCUCACGGCUGCUCUGUGUGGCUCUGAGCCUACUGCUGCUAUCCAGAUUUCAACCAACUUCAUCCCAAUCGAUCCUGGACAUCUUCAGAAGUCAUAACCAAGUGAACGACAAUAUAGUCACCGAGCCAUCGGGCAAGAGCUACGACUUCGUCGUUGUGGGUGCCGGCUCUGGUGGUUCCGUCGUGGCUAACCGUCUAUCCGAAAACGGAAAAUGGCGAGUACUACUGAUCGAAGCUGGCGGUGCCGAAGGUGUUCUCAGCCAGAUUCCGGUCCUGGUGAGCUUUUUCCAACUAACGGACUACAAUUGGGGCUACAAGGUUGAACCCCAAUCGCGCGCCUGCCUCGGCAUGAAGAACCACCAGUGCCCCUGGCCAAGAGGAAAGUGUCUAGGAGGCACCAGUACUUUCAACUACAUGAUACACACGAGGGGUAAUCGCGUUGAUUACGACAUAUGGGCGGCACUUGGCAACGACGGAUGGUCCUACAGCGAAGUUUUGCCAUAUUUCAAGAAAAGCGAGAAGUUCAAGGUGCCGGGCGUGACAAACUCGUCGUACCACAGCAGCGAUGGCUACCUCUGCGUCGAGCACGUGCCCUAUCACACCGAGCUAUCGACAGCCUUCCUGAAAGCCGGUAAGAAGCUGGGCUACAAGAUCACCGAUUACAACGGCGAAGACCAGAUCGGCUUCUCCUACAUUCAGGUGAACAUGGAUCAGGGCAAGCGCUGCAGCGCUGCCAAGGCGUACCUCCGAGUGCGUCGACCCAACCUUCACAUCCUGACCAACGCCCAGGUCAUCAAAGUCCUCAUCAAAAAUAAAAAGGCCUACGGCGUGCAGUACAUCAAGAACGGCAGGAAGUACGUGAUCCACGCGAGCAAGGAGGUCAUUCUGUCCGCCGGUACCAUCGACUCGGCCAAGCUCCUCAUGCUCUCGGGCAUAGGGCCCCGAGAUCACCUGGAGAGCCUCGGCAUCGACGUCAUCCAGGACUCUAAGGUCGGCUACAACAUGUACGAGCACGUCGGCUUCUUGGGCCUGACUUUCAUGGUGAACCAGAGCGUCAGCCUUCUGCAGAGUCGUCUGGGCAGGCCCAGCGUGGUGCUCGAGUACACGCUCCAUAAUCGGGGCCUCAUGACUAUCCCGGGCGGCGCCGAGGCCCUGGCUUUCAUCCGGACAAAGUACGCGCCAGACUCUCGACCUGACGUGGAACUGCUCUUCGCCAGCGGCUCCUUACACUCGGACGGCGGAAUCAGUCUGCGCAAGGCCUUGAGCAUCACCGACGAGCUCUACAACGCGGUUUUCAAGCCCAUCGAGAACAAAGACGCCUGGUCGAUCUGGCCCAUCGUACAGAAUCCGCGAAGCGUAGGUCGAUUGACCCUCAAGUCCAAAAAUCCGUUGGACGCGCCGAUCAUCGAACCGAACUUCUUCGAGCACCCGGCCGACCUGGAGAUCAUCCUCGAGGGUGUUAAGCACGCGAUCGAGCUGUCCAAGACCGAGCCCUUCGCGGCCUACGGCAGCCGACUGCACGACACCAAGAUCCCGGGCUGCGUCGGCUUCGAUUUCGGCACGGACGACUACUGGCGCUGCGCUAUUCGACAUCUGCCCUCGAUGAUGAACCACGAGAUCGGCACAUGCAAGAUGGGCCCAGCGACGGACCCCAACGCCGUGGUCGAUCCACAGCUUCGGGUCUACGGUAUCGAGUCGCUCCGAGUGGUCGACGCAUCGGUCAUGCCGACGAUGCCCGUGGGUCACGUCAACGCGGGUAUCUUCAUGAUCGGCGAGAAGGCGGCUGAUAUGAUCAAGCAGAGCUGGGAGGGCGUAAGCCGAGUCAGAUCGCAGGCGUCAUAGGCGCGUACCAUACAUAUAUUGUGCGUAUGUGUGAGUGUGCCCCGAUAAAAGGGGGAAUGCAAGCGCGUGCGCGAUGAUGAAUAAAGCGACUCUGAAUUAUCUUUUAUUGCGGCGGGAUUCCCCGGUAGCCUAGUUUUGACGCUGGGAGUCUGAUUGAGCGACGUAUGCGAGAUGUGAUCGCCGCGGUUUUAAUUAACGUGCACUCUCAAGCGCGGGAUUUCGAAUAGUAUAUUUUGAAAGCUCGAGAGCCGAUAACUUUUGUAAUAGUUGCAGUUGCACGAUUGCGGUACGUGAUUGCGUUUGAAAUGAUUCUGUUGAGCCGAAUACUUAUUACGCUUAGUUGUGUAUCUCUAAGUAGUGGAUCUCCGCGAUGACACUUGGAGUGAAAAAAAUAGAACAACUCGGACUUCUUUGUCGAGGCGAUGACUUUAUACGAGGAAUCACACCUGUUAAUUUCAGCGUCACAAGAGUGGGCGAGAUAAGCUGUGAAUGAUUGCGCGACUGAAGAACAGUAUGACUGUACAGUAGAAUGUUAUGUACAUUCGCUUCUCCGUUGCAUCUAGUUACGCAAAUAUUUUUCUUUCAGGGACAAAAGACUAAAUUGUCGGCCAAAAAAAAGAAAAAAACAUUUCGAAGGCCGAGUUGGACUUUUAAAUUAUGGUCGUGACAAUUUGUUCGACCUACAUUGUUAUACAUGUUGAUUAUUCUUAGUGAAUAUUCAAAGAAGUGUUUUGUUUGUUUAAAAAUUAUUUGUUGACCUUCGCAAAUAGUCUCUUCGUGUAAAAUAUUUCAUAAUCUUUGAAAGUUACAUUACUACGGACUUCUUAAUUAAAUGAUAUAUUGCAUCAUACCAAAUGCAUUAACAAAUUUUUGAAUGUUUUUUCCAAUGAGUAUUAACUUAACUAAAAGAUUAUACAUGUAACACAAUUGACGUGUGAAUAUAAUAAGCGAUACAGAAUGUAUACUAUGCCAAUAAUGGAGUCUAUUGAGUUUAAGUGUUGGAUAACAAGGGAAUAUAUAUGGUUCAGGCAGUAGUGUAUAAUAUUGUGUACAUAAGAAAAAUAAUUUGCUGUGUUCGUAUAUAGUUUUUGUUUACUUUUAAUAUAAUAAUAACUCAAGAAUUGUUAAAUAAAAUGCUACAUUACAAAAUAAUAAUCUAGUAUAUUGAUAUAUUCUAUUUUACAAAACUUUAAAUUACAUUGCAAUAUAAUGGUGCUAAUGAUCAUGAUAUACCAAUAUAAUGCCAUCAAAAUGUAACUCAAGACCCGAGAUAACACAGUAAGCAACAUUCAUAGUAAUACGAAAAUAAAGCACUUAUCACUCCACUACUUUCACUAGCAGCACAAUUGUAGCUCGACUAAUUUAUCUGAGUUUUGCUUAUGAUU